AACAUUUUGUUUACAUCAUCAACAUUUUAUCAGCGGUGUACAGCACCGCGACCGCACAUUUUCCCGUCACUAUUCGCACAACCAACGUAGCAGCGGUCGUCGUUGUCCCCCCCGAGUGGUAAUACCCGUCAGAUCCUAUAUAAGUUUUAUUUUAGUUUUCAGGGUUUUCAAAUUUUACGCAUCCACGUCGAAUCAUCACUACGAUCCAGCACUCGCCGAAUCGAAUCGACGACAUGAUUCUUCACGUAGCGUUCGCAGCGUUCCUGUUGGUUAACUCGGCGAUCGCCGACGCCGGUGUCCAGGAACAGGUGGCCGUCGAGUCAGACGAGGGCGUGCUUGUGUUGACCAAAGACAACUUCCAAAGUAUCGUCUCGUCGUCCGAAUACUUGCUCGUCAAAUUCUAUGCACCAUGGUGUGGUCACUGUAAACAAUUAGCACCAGAAUAUGCAAAUGCAGCUCAACACUUAGCCCAGAAUGAAUUAUCAGUUAAAUUGGGCAAAGUGGAUGCCACUAUUGAGAGUGACUUAGCUGAACAGUUUGGAAUCCGUGGGUAUCCAACUUUAAAGUUCUUUAAAAAUGGAAAACCAAUUGACUAUUCAGGUGGCCGAACUAAAGAUGAAAUCAUUCAAUGGGUAUUGAAGAAAUCUGGACCAGCUGCAAAAGUAUUGCAAUCAGAAGAAGAAGUACAGUCGUUCAUUGAGGGAAAACAUGUUGCUAUUGUAGGUUAUUUCGAAAAUUUAGAAUCAGAUGCUGCAAAAUUAUUUUCAGAAUUGGCGGAUUCGGUUGAUGAUCAUCCAUUUGGUCUUGUAUCAGAUUAUUCUAAAUUCUCUAAUUUAGAGCACAAAGAUACAUUUGUUUUAUAUAAAGAUUUUGAUGAAAAGAAAGUUCCAUAUGAUAAAGAUAUUGCCAAUGUUGAAGACAUCAAGACAUUUAUUUUUGUUCAUUCGUUGCCUCCCAUUAUAGAGUUCAACCAAGAUACUGCUCAAAAAAUAUUUGGUGGUCAGAUUAAGAGUCAUUUGUUGCUCUUCUUAUCUAAAAAAGAAGGACAUUUUGAAAAAUUCAUUGAUGACAUUAAGCCUGUUGCACUUGACUUCAGAGGAAAAAUUGUGUUUGUUACUAUUAAUGCUGAUGAAGAAGAACAUCAAAGGAUUUUGGAGUUCUUUGGAAUGAAAAAGAAUGAAGUACCAAGCAUGAGGGCAAUCAAACUUGAAGACGAUAUGACCAAAUUUAAACCAGAAUCUCCUGAUUUAACCGGAGAAAAUGUGAGGAAAUUUGUUUCCGAUUUUGUCGAAGGAAAAGUUAAGCAACAUUUGCUCUCUGAAGAAUUACCCGAAGAUUGGAACAAAACUCCAGUCUGGACUUUGACUGCUACUAACUUUGAUAGUGUAGCUUUAGAUUCAACUAAGAAUGUACUUGUAGAAUUUUAUGCUCCAUGGUGCGGACACUGUAAACAGCUUGCACCAAUUUUCGAUAAAGUUGGAGAACACUUCGCUGAUAAAGAUGAUAUUGUCAUUGCAAAAAUGGAUGCUACAGUUAAUGAACUUGAGCACACUAAAAUUUCCAGCUUCCCUACACUAACAUACUAUCCAAAGGGAGAUAGUCCAAAAGCCAUUGAAUAUAAUGGAGACAGAACAUUAGAAGCAAUCAUUAAGUUUAUCGAAGCUGAUGGAAAACAAGAAAGUUCUUCUAGCACAACGAGUGAGGAAGGAGAUGAAGAAGAAGAAGAAGUAGAACGUGAGAAGCCUAAAGAUGAAUUGUAGAUAUUAUUUGUAAAGAAAUGUUUAUUAUUAUAUAUAUUUUUUUUUUGUUCGUCUUGUGAAAAACUUCAGCACAUAGAAUUCGACAAUUGGACUAAUACCUAAUUGUGUAAUAGCUGAUUUUGGUUGUGUUUACAUUAUUUAAACUAGAAAAUUGGUAUUACUACGAUUGUAAGAAAAACAAUUUUAAAUUUAAAUUUCAUGUUGUCCCCUUUCUCAAGACUGUCAUAGAUGGUUCUGAAAUAGACUUCUUAAGAACCAUAUUUUAUUUUAAAUCAAUGUCUAUGAUGUUUCCUUGUUAAGUAAAAUAAAAAUAAUAAAAUUAAUAUUGAUAUUUUUAAUUAAUUCAUGAAUCAUUAUUUUAAGUUAUAGUUAAAAACAUUUAUUUAUUAAACUACAAUUACUCAAAUUCUUGAGUUAUUUAAUUCAUGGAUCUUUUUACUAAUUUUAUAUACUAAUAAUAACAUUGAUUUCUGAAAUUAAUUUUAAUGGUAAAGUUUAGCCACAGGUUUUAUUUGUACUUUGAUACAAAUCAUCAUAUAUAUAUUUUUUACAUUUGUUAUGUAUUAAAACAAGCGUGGGUGUAUUUUUAUUUUAUCAUAAUGUUUUAACAUCACAAAAAUUCAUAUUUUUAAUUCAUUUGGUUUGUUAAAAUGUUAUCUUUUUGUAGUUAUUUUAAAAUAAAUGCUUUAUAAUUUAAUAUAACUUUUAAUUUAUUUUGAGUGUAUUAUGAUUAUUUUGACUACGGCCGCUUAAAGAUCUUGGGACGCAAUUUUAAGGAAGUAGUACAUCUAUAUUAAAAAAAUUGUGAUAAAAUAAUAGCAUUUGAGUUUAAUUUAGUUAUUUUUAAUAAGUGUAUAAUUGCUACACGUGAUGACGUUUUACCAAAUUGUUUUCUGAUGAUAGUCUAUAAUGCCAAGUGCUAAAAUGUAUAUUAUAUUAUAAUUUUUAACUCAGAAAUGUUAAUAUAAAAAUAUAUGAUAUAUCAUCAAAAACUUCUAAGAUAUAAGAUUUAAUGUUAUCAAUUAUAAUUAUAACUUUAUAAUUACUUCAAGUAUAUUAUAAUAUUAUUGAUUAUAUUUUAAUACAGAGUGCUCUAAAUAUUUCAUGUAAUCCUAAAUUGUAAUGUCUAUGUUCUAUAUAAAUUAUACAUUUAACAGAUAAUACUA